UCUACCACAAUGGACGACCUCCAGAGCUCGGAGGAGGCUGCGUUUGUGCCGGAUGAGGUUGUGAACAUCAUCAAGGAUGCGGCGGACCAGAUCCUCGGCCCGCACAACUACCACCACUCGCGUGUGGCGCCGUGGUGCUCCAAGAUUGUGGAGGAGGUGCUGAAGCGGCUUGCAGAUCAGCACAAACCGUUCAAGUAUGUGGUGACCACCAUCAUCAUGCAGAAGAACGGCGCUGGCCUGCACACGGCCUCCUCGUGCUACUGGGACAACUCGACUGACAACUCGUGCUCGUACAAGUGGUCCAACUCGACCAUGUUCUGCAUCACCACCGUCUUUGGCCUCGCCAUCUGAUGGGCGGCUCGACGGGCAUGUUGGAUCGCAGUGCAGGAGAGGUGGUGGUGGAAGCGCUGGCGGAGAGUGGUUGAGGACGCAAUUGAACACCAGUGUUGUGCG